GACGUCUCCGCCAAUGCCUGUAACCGCCAGAAAUUUAAACUUUGGGCGAGUCAGUAGAUGAGAGACAGCGAGCUGAGUGAAACUGUAUAGUUACUGCAACGGUUUUGAAUUUGGACGUUGAAGAUGAUUCGAGAAGAAGAGUGUAAAAUGUACCAUUUAGAAAAUCGUCUGAAGACGUAUUCGGGCUGGCCAUUCACUGAGGGCUGCGUGUGCACUCCCGAAAAUAUGGCCAAAGCAGGAUUCAUCCACUGCCCCACUGAAAACAGCCCCGAUGUGGCUCAGUGCUUCUUCUGCUACAAAGAGCUGGAAGGCUGGGAGCCUGAUGAUGUCCCUGAGCAGGAGCACCAGCGUCAUUCUCCAGCGUGUCAUUUCAUUGCUCUGAAGAAGCCGGUUGAAGAGCUGACCUUGGAGGAGCUCAUGAAGCUGCAGAAAGAGAGGCAGAAGUUUCUGAUUAAAAAGACAACCAAUCAAGCUAUAGAUAAAUUUGAGCUUGCUGCAAGAUCACGAAGGCAAGAGUUGGAGAAAAUGACAACUGAAACAAGCUGAUUUUUAUAGCUUUGUAUAAAUUCUCUUUUUUUGAUGUCUUCAUCUGUGAUUUCCAUUUCAACUGCAUAUUUUUGUGUGUGUGUUAUUUUUUCUCUUUCUAAAUAGCCCAACCAAGAAACUUCUGUUUAAUUUUUUUCACUAUUGUAAGGAAAAGGGGAGGACUAUUACCAAAACUAAUAUUUCAUAAUAAAACCUCAAUCUCUUUAAA